AUGAGGGACUGGAUUGCUUUGCGAGAGGAGAGAGGGAUUUACCACCAGCUGGUAAAGGAACUGGAAACAGGAGAUCGUGUUGCGUAAAAAGAAUUUUUUCGCACGACCAAACGGCAGUUUUGUUUUCUGGUGGAAAAAGUAUCGCCUCUCAUCGAGAAAAAACAGCAGCCUUCGCCAAUCAAUUCCGUACGAAGUACCAUAAAGCCAGACGAACGCCUCGCUGUUACAUUACGCUAUUUAGCAACUGGAGAAAGCUUUCACUCACUUGAGUACUCGUUCCGCAUUUCGCGACAAUCGAUUUCGUCAAUCGUCUAUGAAACAAGUCGUGCCCUUUAUCAAGUAUUGGCGCCCGAAUUUCUAAAAGUUCCGAGCACGGAAAGAGAGUGGCAGAUAUUGGCCGACAAAUUCGAGUCCAGGUGGAAUUUUCCUCAUGGCAUUGGUGCAAUUGACGGGAAACGGGUGAUCAUCCAGCAACCACCCAACUCGGGCUCCCAUUUUUAUGAUUACAAA